GAAUUAGAGAGGGGAGUUGGUGAAACGGAUGACUUUCCAGUUGCUGCUGCUGCUGAGAAUUUAUCACUGUUUAGUUUGCCUUGCUACACCUCUCCCUGCCCCUCAGCAAUCACUGGUACUAAACACCCUAGUCUGUAACUGGCAGUUUCUGUAGUUUAGUGGAGAGUCGGCAGCUUUCAGCACAAAUGGAUGCAGCACGUAGCUGUGAGUGAAAGUCAGAUUGUGGACUAAAAAAUAGCAAAACAUUACUCAAGGAAUCUGAAGUACAGUAUGAAAGCGCCACAGAAACACACAGGACGUACAGAUCAAAUGCUUGGUGCUAUGGCAGAUAUUCUAGGAUCUUUUGGACUUCCAAGUCACCAGUGGAUUUCAGAGUCAUGUUCUGAGGAUCCUUCUGCACCUGAACACAGAGGUAAUGAAAAGAUUACAGCAGAGCUGAGUUCCCCAGAUACUGGGGAAGAAGAAAAUGAUGGGGGUCUGUCACCUACAGCACCAAGUCAGCAAACUCCUGCAGAAAAUCCAUGUCCUGGGACUGGCAGAACCAGACGCCUUUCAGAUAUUCGUACAUGGUUUGGAGAUAACUUUUUUCACUCAUCAGAAGAAGAAUCCUACUCCAUCGCUGGAAGUGAUGGAAGUAUAUCGGCUUCUGUGGCUUCUAUCCAACCGCAGCCAUCAACUAGUUCGGCUCCUAGUUCCCCUGGAUCCAGGAGGUCUGUCAGCACGCUGAAAAAAUGGCUUACCAACCCUGUAAGGAAACUAAGCAGUGGCAGUCGCCUAGACCAGCGGCAGACAAAAAAAGUUGAAAGCAGGCCAAAGCGAGGCACCCCAGGGCGAAGGAGAAGCGCAGAUGAUGGGGGAAGAAGGAGCUUUGACCUUGGUGUUUUAAGGAAAGUGGAGGACUUGACACGGCCAGAAGACAAGGGUUUGGAAUGGAAGGAGCAUGAUCCACCCGAAACUAAUCAGGUGCCCAACCUAUCCCUGCUGACCGAUUUGCUUCAAGGGGUAACCACAGAGCCCACCAAUGAGGAUUCACACACAUCCUACCUCUCAGACUCCAGAGACUCCCCAGUGUCCGAGGAAUCUGUUGCCCCCUCUUCCCCCCCAGCAGAAACAGAAGAAGAAAAGAAGAGUGCCUUAGAAAAGAGUAUGUAUGUCCUAAUGGAAUUGAUAGAAACAGAGAAAAUGUAUGUGGAAGACUUGAGACAAAUAGUGGAGGGGUACAUGGCCACUAUGACUUCUCGAGGAGUUCCAGAAGAUAUGAAAGGAAAGGACAAAAUAGUUUUUGGGAAUAUCCACCAGAUUUUUGAUUGGCACAAAGAUUAUUUUCUAGGUGAACUUCAAAAGUGCCUUGAGGAGCCUAAUAGAUUAGCACAUCUCUUUAUAAAACAUGAGCGCCGGCUGCACAUGUAUGUUGUGUAUUGUCAGAACAAACCCAAGUCUGAGCACAUUGUGUCAGAAUAUAUUGACACAUACUUUGAGGAGUUGAGACAACAACUAUUACACCGCCUCCAACUCAAUGACUUACUUAUCAAACCGGUUCAGAGGAUUAUGAAGUACCAGCUGCUGUUAAAGGAUUUCUACAAAUAUUACAGCAAAGCUGGGCAAGAAACAUCUGAGCUGGAGAAAGCUGUGGAAGUGAUGUGUUUUGUACCAAAGCGUUGCAAUGAUAUGAUGAACCUUGGCCGGCUUCAGGGAUUUGAGGGAAAGAUUACAGCUCAGGGGAAGCUGCUGCAACAAGACACUUUUGCUGUGGCGGAACAGGAGACCAGCUUUCUAACACGCAGCAAGGAACGCAGGGUCUUCCUCUUUGAACAGAUCAUUAUUUUUAGUGAGCCUAUUGAUAAAAAGAAAGGGUUCUCCCUUCCUGGGUACAUCUUUAAAAACAGUAUCAAGGUCAGCUGCCUCGGUAUUGAAGAAUCUAUGGAUUAUGACCCCUGUAAAUUUGUACUAACAUCACGAGGAACAGAUAGAAGUGUGGUUAGAUACAUACUUCAAGCCUCUUCUCCUGAGAUCCGAAUGGCCUGGGUCAGAGACAUUGGGCAGAUUCUGGAGAGUCAGCGAAACUUCCUAAAUGCCCUACAGUCUCCUAUUGAAUACCAGCGAAGGGAGAGCAAAUCAAAUAGUCUUGGACGAUCUGCUAAUAGCCGCAUGAUGGAAACAGCCUGUGCUGGUCUGAGGCCUCAUUCAUCUGCAUCCAUGGAUAGGAACAAAGUGCCCCACCUCAUGUCAUGCAAUUCAUCCCUGCCUUCUCUUUAUAUGCCCAAUAACCAUCGGCCAGACAACAGGCAGCAGGGAGCCAAGGCUCACUUAACUCAGCGAAAAAGCUCUCAUUCCGAUGUCCUCCCUCCACCUGUGACCGUAUCUCCAGCACACAUCAACCUUGACUUCCACCAUCAUCCACAGUCCUCCUUGUCUACGGUUUCCAAUGGGACUUCACAAAGUGAUCACUCCAACCGGAAACCGAGCACAUUGGGCCGCGAACUACCUGGCUAUGCGGCACAACUUGAAGACAUAUGUCAGCCCACCCCCAGACUGGCUAAGUUGGAUGAGGAUGAACUGUGAGCUUUUUCCCUGUGUAGACAGUUUGCUUUUGUAACUAGAGAAAAAGAUGUGCAGGAUUCAGCUUUGGUCUGAAACCAUUGAAGAAUCAAGGCAUAUGCCCUUGUGCUUGAACUCAAUAGCUGAGAUGGGAACUUAACUCUUUGCCUUUUACAUAGCCAACAAUGACUGGUGGUGAAACUGAAAUCUGCUCUUUGUUGAGCAAUGUUUAUAUGACUUGCUUACAAAUAUGCUAGUAAAUCCAAGUUGUUCUUGGGUGACUUUCUGGCACUCUGUGUUAGUUUAUUAAUAUGGAGUGUAGAAGUUCUACAAAAACUAAAUGAAGAUAGUAAUAAUGGAUGAGUCCAGACGUCUACAGCUGAAGACCCAUCUGAUGCAGAUUAAGACUGGAAAAAAGAACCGUUUUACUCUCUUAUAAAAUAUAACGUAACAAGGAGAUCUUGAAAUAUAUCUUCCCAUUUAUUGUCACCUAGAACUACAUUCUUUAUAUGGAAAACUGGGCACUAUUAUGAAAGAUGAAGCUUCGUUUUUCCUGCACAAUUAUCUAUUAAGUUAUAUGAAACAAUUCAGUGGAUCCGUUGAGCUACAUUCUUGGAAAUAAUACAUAUUGUUAUGGUUUCCUACAAUUUCCGGAAGUGGAUACUAUAUAUUUGGUAUUUUUACACAAUGUAUGUGAUAUUCUAUAAACUAUUUUUUGCCCACUUAGUGCUGCAAGGAAUGUCAAUGCAGUGCACCAUUAAAGCUAUGAUAAAGCUUUUUUAAUACUUGUUUAAACAAUAACAUAUUUUAAAUCCAGAACCCAUUGCAUCACCUUUUUUAAGUAAUCAUGUAUUUGUUAAAUACAGGUAAUUGUUUCUGCUUUCAAGAACCAGGGUAUUUAAGUAUCUUUAGUUAAGGUUAAAUGAGAGACACAUUCUAUACAACGCAUUUCAUUUAAGGCCAUUUCCAAAAGACCAUGUAAUUUGCUUAAAGGUCUUGCUGAAAAUAAUUAUUAUAUGAUAAAAAAGGGGAGGAUUUUAGCAUUUGUAUACAUUUGUUUCUCUCAGAAUAGUGGCACGUGGCAGUUCAUUUUUGCUUCUUAAAGGGACACUAAGCAAUAAAUACAUUUUAUUCACUUCCUUAUAAUUAUGGGUGCUGCCAUUAUUAAACCUAGGUUACACUGCAUAUAUCUGAAGGAGAGUUACUGCACAUGUGCAAACAAUCACUGGAGUGUAGUGAAAGCCAGAUUUCAAUAUGGUGGCAUCCAUGACUAGAAGGAGGCAGAGUGUAACCUCAAUACUUAAAAUGUAUUAAGUGUUUAAUAUAACAUGAUGUAUUAAACAGGUGUUUUAUUUAAUUAGAGGGUUUUUUACCACUACCAAUUGCUGCAUUCAUAUAGGACCAUUGUUAGCCUGUUUAAAAAAUGUAAAUUGUAUUUUAAAUUUAAAGCAGGGUAUUUUACCAUUUUUUUCUCAUUCAGUUAAAGGAAUAUUAAUCUGCUAGACACAACUACAUGGUUACUACUCACCAUGAUAUUGUUUUCCUCCUAUGCAAGAAACUCUCUUCAAAGCCAUUCUCUUACUUACUUCUGUCAAAAUCUUAAACCUCAUCAAAAUCUGCGAUCUCAGUGUGCGCAUGCGCGCAAUUAUCUAAUUCUACUCCACAUACUGUAUGUUUCAAAAGAAUGUGUGGAAUGCGAUUACGUAAUUACAAGCAUUCAACAGAGGAGCAAAUUAGUACUUGCAUUUCUUCUUAAAGUGGCCACGUACAUGCACACAUGCGCUGUUAAACAUGGUGGUAGCAAAUUGUGAUGGGGUAGUUUCUUAUUCUAUUACACAAGGUCACACCACUUCUUACAUACAGGUCCAUAUCUAAUAAAAAUGAAAUAAAACGUCUCUUCAAAAAUCUUGUGUAAUUAAAUGAAAAAAUACCCCAUCGAAAUUGGCUACCACCAUGUUGAUUACAGCGCACACACAUGGCAGUUUUAAGAAGAAAUGUGAGUACGAACUUGCUCCUCAGUCAAAAUUUGCUACCUAACAAUGUCCGCAUGCUUGUAAUUACGUAAGUGCAUUCCGAGCAUUCUUUUGAAACCUAUGUGGAAUGCGAUUACAUAAUUGUGCGUAUGCGCACAAUGAGGUUACAAAUCUCGACAAGAUAGCAAAUUUCGUCAGGACACCGGUUAGUUACGCUUCACAUCUAUAUACUGGGUGCAGCAAUCAUGGAGUUUCGGUAUUUGUGCUCUCUGAGAAAUAAUUGAAGUUGCUGGCUUUUUGACAGUACUAUUGAGCAUUUUGGGUUAGCGUGCACCAUACAGGGUAGGAGCUAUACAAUUUUACAGUGACUGCAUUGAUCUAUAUUAUUCAUGGCCGUUUUAUAGUCAUUUUAAACUGUGUAAAAAAAAUACCAAAAUGUAAACCUCCUGUUCUCUAUUGUAUAUGCUACUGGUUUUCAAACCUGUACUCACGCCUCCCCAACAGGCCAGAUUUUCAGGUUUACCUUGGAUGAGAUAAGGUAAAAUAACCAUGGUUACUAAUCAGUUGAUUAUUUCACCUGUGCUCCUGUUGAGAUAUCAACAAAAUCUGGCCUGUUAGGGAGGCCUGAGGACAGGUUUGGUGUAUGCUAACCUGAAUCAUUCAAUACAGCUGUGAAAAAAACAUACAAAAUGACUUAUCUGUGAAUGUGCACCACUUCUGUCACAGGGUGCAAGAAUAUGCAAGCUUCAAGAUGGCGGAGCCUUACUAAACGGCACCUGUAAAGGGUUAUAAUAAGAAGAGAAUGUCUCUGAAAAGAGCUGCAGACACAGAAGAAGAAAAAAGCCAAAAUAAUAGCAUGGUUAUUAGCCUCCAUUCUGUAGAAGUUGUGUCCAUCAAUUUAAUGUACCUUUAAAAUGACAUUAAACAUUUUGAGAUGGUAACAUAAAACUACAAUAUACUUUCAUUAUUUAUGUUGUCCCUUUUUCCUGUGAUUACAUUCUGCAGAACAAUGUUAUAUUCCACACGGUCAUUGGCUGCACACUCUAGUGACCUAUUUAUAACUGUCCCUAAUUGGCCACAGUAGAGAAAGUAAUCUAAGUUACAACAUGGCAGCUCCCUUUGUUAUAUAGACACUAAGGGGCAUAUCUAUCAAGCUCUGUACAGAGUUUGAAGGCCCGUGUUUCUAAAGACUGCUGCUCCAUAACCUGUCCGUCUGCUCUGAGCAGGCGGACAGACAUCCCCGCAAUUUAACCCAAUCGAAUAUGAUUGUGUUUAUUGCCAAUUGGCCGCGAGUCUGCAGGGGGCAGCGUUGUACCAGCAGCUCACAAGAGCUUCUGGUGCAAUGCUGAAUACGGAGAGAGUAUUGCUCUCCGCAUUCAGCGAGGUCUGUCGGACCUGAUCCGCACUGUUGGAUCAGGUCCGACAGACCUUUGUUAAAUAGGCCCCUAAAACUUUAGACUUAUUUUGUCAAUAUUUAAAUAACUAAUGAAACUUUAAAAAAAUACAUCUACAUCUUAUUCUCAGACUAAUCUUUUCUUUGAAUGCAUCAUUCUAUCCUAUUCUUUUUAGUGUUUAAUGUCCUAAUGUCCCUACAACCUAGACUACUGCCCAGUGUAUAUAUAAAAAAAAAUGCUGUGUAUACAAAUCCAUGUGUGUGUGUGGGGGGGGGGGGGGGUGACAAUGCUUUUGUGCAGGCACUGUCACAAAGAUAACAAGAAAAUAAAGGUUUAUAUUUAAACCUGAAUUUUUUCCUGAAAUACACAUUGCUAGGGACGGUAUAGGAAACCAUAGGUCUUUUAAGACCUUUUUCUACAUUCAAUAUGUGUCCAGAUCAAUUGUUUUAAUUUAUAGGAAGUGUGAACUGUUUGCCCUAUAGAUUUUAAAGAUACUUGAAAAAUCCAAAUUCUACAUUUUAUAUUUAAUAGUGUAGGUUUUGGGUUUUAAAAUUUAGAAAUUCAUUAUCUUGCUGUUUGUUGCCAAUUUCACCAGUUAAUUUAAUUUUGUCAGUCACAUGCUUGACAUAUUUUUUUAUUUCUUUUUAAUUACUUGCUAUGUUGUGGUGAAGUCAAGCUUCUUUUGUAACACUGAUGGACAGUGCUACAUUGCCACACACCAACAGGUUACUUAUAUAUAUAUAAAGAGAGAGAUGUUGUUUAUAGCUUUUUAAAAUUAAAUCCCCAAAGCCAUACAGCGGAAUACCAAAUUCCUUGAAGAAUGCAGUUGAUGUUUACAGCCAGAGUUAAGAAGUAACAGCGCAUUUAUUUAAUUCUACAAGUUAUUGCAUGUCUGCAUUAUGGCCGUGCAGUCUUGCGAUGUUGCCAAAUAAGAAUAUUUCUUUUAUUGAUACCAGAAACUCAAAUACAGAUGUUAUAUAUCAAACAAUAUGGAUGUGCAAAUAAAGCGGACUCUGCAUAUGUGCAAACCCAUAUGGAUAUUUAAAUGCUUUGUGUGUGAAUGAGGAUUUGUACAGUAGUUCACGACUGAAUGUAAAGUAUCUUUCACAAUCUUCCACUACAUGCUCAGAAUGAGCUAAUUAGCUGGUAACAUAUCCGACUGUGUGUGAGUGUGUGUUUGUAUGUAGGACAGCAAAUUUGUGUUAGAAACACAAAGCUAAACUAUAAAAUACUAAGUCUCUCUCUCUAUGUCUUCCAGUAUUUAGCCUCAUAGCAGAGACGAAAGAUGUCAAAACAAGCAGAAGAUAUUUUUUCUGUAGCUGGGCUGUAUUCCCUGUCUGAAUUUACCUGUGUGGGCACAUGAGCUAAGGAAUUUACAUAGGGGCCGAUUUAUGAAGACGCUGUCGGCAUUUAUCAUUCCACAAGCAUUUCUUUGAAAUGCUUGUGCAAUACUGCCCCCUGCAGAUUUGCGACCAAUCAGCCGCUAGCAGGGGGUGUCAAUCAUCCAGAUUAUAUCCGAUCGGGAUGAUUGCUGUCCGCCGCCUCGGAGGUGGCGGACGAGUAAAGGAGCAGUGGUCUUAAAACCGCUGCUUCUUUACUUAUGUUUCCGGCGAGCCUGAAGGCUCGCGCGUAAACAGCUACAUUAGCAGCUACAGAAAUUUGCCCCAUAGAGUGAAUUAUAAAUAUGUGUAUCUCUGAUUAUCUGGCGACAGUUGAGUACUGUAUGCUGUAUUUAUUUCUGAUUAGCAACAAUUUUCUGUUUGUGUACAAAGGAAAUUUAGAGCUGUUUCUUACAAGCAGAGGUAUUUAAAAAUUGUAAACAGUGUUAUUUUUAACAAAUCUUUAAAAUGGAUGAAACUGGUGUUUGUUAAAACAUGCAACAACAACAACAAAAAAAGAUAACCCCAAUGCAUCCUUUUUUUUUUUAGAAAUCUUUAGGCAUAAAUGUAUGAAUCAGGAUUGUUUUAAUGGAAAAUCAUUUCUACAUGCGGACAGCACUCACUGGAUUUGUGAUAAAUUAAAUGAGUAUUUCACUUCUUUGAAAUCCAGUGAGUGCUGUCCAUUUUUUGCAAUAUCUACAACCAUUGGACUUAACCCUGGCAUUGGCAUUUUUGUAUUGAGAGUAUGGGCCCCUCUGGACUUGUGUGUAUGUACUGUAUGUAUAUAUAUAUAUAAUAGCCUUAUUAGUCCAGUAGACAUGAUGUCAUAAUAACAGAGUAUUGCAGUAAGCAAGCUUUCAAGAGAUUUACUCCCUUUCUCAAGUAUUAUUUAAGACUUGUAAAUCUCUCAAAAGCUUGUCUUUUAAAUAUGUUAGUCCAAUAAAUGUAUAAUUGCUUACUGCAAUACUCUGGUUAUUUUAACUUCAUGUAUAUAUAUAUAUGUGUGUGUGUGUAUAUAUAUAUAUAUAUAUAUAUAUAUAUAUAAAAACAUACAUAUCUAUAUAUUUGUGUAUGAAGUAAUAUUAUACUCAUUGUUGGUGUUGAUUUAUAUUUUAUUGUACACUUAACUAAUUGAAACUUUCCCCUCUUUUUGGUUUAUAAUCUCAGCUUUAUGAUAUACCUUUGUAGAAAUAUCUCGUUUAGCAGUGGCAGAUUUAUGCUUAAGAUGACCUUAUACAUUAUAUGCUUCAAUUUGCGAUUUGGUCUACUGUUUAGCAAAUUGUACAAAACACAGACUGUGAAAUGAUUGGGAAUAUAUAUCAAAGUUUAGCAGUUAACUAGCCAGAAAGGUUUCCAUAGGCAGAUCCUUACUUGCCUAAUGAGAAAUCCAGCCCUUCCAUUUUGUAGUACUGAGGUCAAGAACAAGCCACAGGUUUCCUGUAAAUAUCUGGGUUUUCUGUACAUUCCUAUGAUCAAUAGUAAAUAUUCAGCUAAUUGACCAUUAUCCAGAAUACAUCAUUUUUUCUAAUCAUCAUACAGUCUAUUCUGGAAUUGCACUUUAUCCUCAGAUGUAAACCUGGGGCGUUCUUUAUAUCUUUAUCUAUAUAUGGGUUCCUGAUACAUCUUUAUUUGCUUAUGCACGGGGUAAGAUUAAAGUGCCCAUUAAAGAAAAAAAAAAGUUUUUUUGCAACCUGUUUAUUUCAUAGUAGGAGGAAUGGGAGAAAUCAAUUUUAACAUUUUGUUCAUAAUCGAAGAUAAGAAAUAUUCCUUUGGGAUUGAGUGAAUGUUAGAGAUGAGAUAGAGUGGAAAAUCUAUACAUAUUUCUAUAACUUCCUUUUUAAUAAUAGAUGAAAAGUAAAUUUUCUUUCUGUCUAAAAAUCUGAGGUGAUAAAAGGAAUAUUUUCUCUGUGAGACACAUUCACCUAAUGUUGUUGUCUUUAAAAUAAUCAGUAAUUUGUGGGGUCACUACACUGCCACUGCACUGUUCCAUGUAAGAGUCGUGGAAUCCACAGAUUGUUUAGUAUUUAACAUACACAGAAUUAAUUGGGAGGAAGACCAGUUUUAUCCUGGGAGUCACAGAAUAGCACAUGUAGGAAGCUCUCCAAAUAGUUUCUCCAUCUGUCACCUGCCCCCCUUCCUUCUGGAGGUCGGACAGUGUAUAAUAAUCUUGUAUAUGCAUGUUUUAUGGAUUAUUUUAUGAUCUCGGCACUAUGUUGUACAAUAUAAAGUGGAAGAUUCUAUGUGGGGGAAAAAGCAGGGGGGGAAGGACCUGCGCAAUCUGAAGUUUAUGUUUACUAAUAAAGCCUUUUGGUAUAUCAAA